UUUCAAUGAAAUAACAGAAAUAAAUUUCAUGGCAUCGCACAAAUGUUCGAUGGCUAUUUCUUGGAUUGACAUGCUUAUUUUAAGUUGGAUGUUGUAUUUGCAUAGAUUUCCCUUCAGUAUUAGCUAGUUAAAUUUAAUCUACAUUUAAUGUUGGUCAAAAAGAUAUCAACUAUCUCUUCUCUAUUUAUUCUAUGCCAAAUAUAAUUUUACCCUUUUUUGGUGGAAUAAUAAUUGAUAAAAUCGGAGUAAGAAGUGCAUAGCUCAUUUUUUGUUCGCUUUUAGUAAUUGGAUAAGGUUAUAUAAAAUAUUAAUUUUAAAAGGAUUGUGUGUUAAAGGAGCUUAAGAAUAAGAUUUUAAUUUACUAAAGCUUGGAAUGUUAUUUUUGGGUUUAGGAGGAGAAGUUUGCUUAACUGUAGCUUAAAGUGCUUUAUUAACAAAAUGGUUUUUAGGAUAAGAAAUGUCUUUAGCUUUUGGGUAUAAAAAAUAUAUAUUUAGUGUUUAAAUUACAUUUAUUCGUGUUGGGUCAGUAAUUGGUGCGAAUUGGUUACCAAAAGUUUAUAUAUGGUAUGGAAAUAGUUUUAGUGCUUGUAUGAUGUUUUGUUUUGCAUUUGUUUUAAUUACAAUGUUAACUAGUUUUGUUCAAUCUAUACUAGAUAAAAAAAGUGAUAAAAGAGAUAAAGAGUAGAUGAAUUAACAAGAAUUAACAUAAUUAGAACAAUAACCUUCUGUAAAUUGUAGUGAUGUAAAAGAAUUCAAAUUUGAUUACUAUUUACUUUCAAUUAGCUGUGUUUGUAGUUAUAGUGCCUUUCUUAUUUUGUAGUCUAAUGGAAUACGUAUGUUUUAAAUAAGGUUUUCAUUAUUGUUAACAUUUUAGAUAUAAUCUGACAUUAACUUAAUAAACAUUCCUCUACACUUUACCAUACUUUAUUAGUGCAACUGUUACUCCAUUUAUUGGUUAUUUUAUUGAUAAAAUUGGAAAAAGACCAAUAUUUUUAAUUAUUUCUGGUAAUUUAUUAUUGUUGUCUACAAUAUUGUUUUCAAAAAAUGUAGAUUGUUUAAUUUAAGAUUAAUGUUUUAGUUUAGUACUUUUAGCAUAAUUUAUUAAUGGAAUCUUUUUUGCUUUAUAUGCACCAGUUAUUUGGCCAUGUAUUCCAUUAUGUGUGAAUGCCAACUCAUAAGGGACUGGAUUUGGUAUUAUUGGUUCAAUCUAAAAUGCUGGCUUAACGAUUUUCCCAAUAAUUGUAGGUAGAAUUCUGUUUAAUGAAAAUGCUAUAAGUUAUUAACAUAUGAUAUAUUUUCUUGGAUUUAUCACAUUUUUAGCAAAUAUUAGCAACAUUAUUAUUUAUUUUUAUGAUAUAUAUCAUGAUAAUAAACUUAUGAAACCAACACUUAAAUUAUCUGAAUAUGAAGUUGUUUCAGAAUAAGAAGAAUUAACUGAUAACACUCGAGUAGAUUGAU